GCGAACCUGCGGCCGAGGUCAAGGCUAGUCAUUCGCCGGUUGGCGUGGUGCGAGACGCAGGGAAGAGUUCGUUUUCUUCACAGCACACCAUCAAAUUAACGUCAGUUUGUUUGUGCAAAAAUGAGCGACUACCACAGGCCCGAUGCUAAGCUGCUGCAGACGCUGAAAGACAUUGCCAACAAGCUGAGAAUCCACAGCAUUGAAUCGACGAAUGCCAGUAACUCAGGACAUCCAACAUCAUGUGCUUCAGCAGCCGAGAUCAUGUCUGUCUUGUUCUUCCAUACCAUGCGGUACAGUGUGACGGAACCUCGUGGUCCUAGUAACGACCGCUUUGUACUCUCCAAAGGUCAUGCAGCCCCUGUUUUGUAUGCAGCAUGGGCAGAAGCAGGUCUGUUCCCCACAGACAAACUCCUGGAUUUGCGCAAACUGACUUCAGACCUGGAGGGCCAUCCCACCCCACGUCUGAAUUUUGUUGAUGUGGCAACGGGGUCACUGGGUCAGGGAUUGAGUUGUGCAGCAGGCAUGGCAUACACCGGCAAAUACUUUGACAAAGCUCCGUACCGUGUAUACUGUCUGAUAGGCGAUGGUGAGAGUGCAGAAGGCUCUAUUUGGGAGGCUAUGUCAUUUGGCAGCCAUUACAAACUAGACAACCUUGUGGCAAUCUUUGAUGUUAACCGUCUGGGUCAAAGUGAACCUACCAGUCUUCAGCACCAUAUGGAUGUUUAUAAGAGUCGUGCAGAGGCCUUUGGCUGGAACACAUAUGUUGUGGAUGGACAUGAUGUGGAGGCACUGUGCAAGGCUCUCUAUGAUGCCACAGAAGUGAAGGAAAAGCCUACCUGUAUUAUAGCAAAGACUUACAAAGGCCAUGGGUUGGUAGGAAUCCAAGACUCUGAGGACUGGCAUGGAAAGGCGCUGGGUGACAAAGCCAGCACUGUUCUAGAGACUAUCAAGGAAAACAUUGUGAACCAGGGUCCACAUGGACUGGUUCCCAAGUCACCUGAGAAGAAGGUGCCAGAGGCUGAUACCAGUGCUAUUCGGCUGUCGGAGCCACCUAAUUACCAGCUGAAUCAAUCAGUAGCGACACGUUUGGCCUAUGGUACAGGAUUGGUCAAACUUGGGAAAAACAGCAAACGUGUGAUUGCUCUUGAUGGUGAUGUGAAAAACUCAACGUUCUCCAUCAAGUUUAAGGAAGCAUUCCCAGACCGUUUUGUGGAGUGUUACAUUGCAGAACAAAACCUUGCAGGUGUGGCCAUUGGGUGUGAGACCAGACGCCGCACUGUUCCAUUUGUGUCGACUUUUGCUGCAUUUUUCACUCGGGCUUUUGACCAGAUUCGAAUGGCUGCCAUCUCACAGUCCAAUGUCAACUUUUGUGGCUCCCAUGCUGGUGUUUCUAUCGGUGAGGAUGGCCCAUCACAGAUGGCACUGGAAGACCUUGGUAUGUUCCGCAGCAUUCCAGGGAGCACAGUGUUUUACCCAAGUGAUGCUGUGUCAUGUGAACGGGCACUAGAGCUUGCAGCUAACCCAGGAAUAUGCUACAUUCGCACCAGCCGACCUAAUGUACCUGUGAUAUACAGUAAUGAUGAAGAGUUUUUUGUUGGUAAAGCAAAGGUGGUGCGGUCUUCGCCCAGUGACAGUGUAACUAUUAUAGGAUCCUGCGUAACACUGGUGGAAGCACUGAAGGCAGCAGAUGACCUUGCCGCACAGGACAUCAAUGUGAGAGUUAUUGACCCCUUCACCAUCAAACCCCUGGAUGUGGAGACGAUUCUCCAGAAUGCACGAGAUACCAAUGGUCUUGUGAUAACUGUAGAAGACCACUACCCUGAAGGUGGUAUCGGGGAAGCUGUUGCUGCAGGACUGAGUGAAUAUCCAGACAUCAGAAUCAAACGACUAGCGGUGAGAGAAGUCCCCCGCAGCGGCAAACCUGCAGAACUUAUGGAUAAAUAUGGAAUAAGUGCCAGCAGCAUCAAGAAGGCAGUUUCGCAGAUGGUAUCUCUAGGAUGAUUGAAUAAGUGAUAUCAGUUUUAGAAUAUGGGAUUAGUGUUCUGCUGCAAUGGAUGUUUUCCAUGUAAUAGCUCGAUUUGCAUUCCUUGGACCAAUGCAAGGUUUAGAACAGCUUGCUGUCUUUGUGUUUUUUGUGGCUUGAAAUAUAUAAUUGAUCACUUUGCAAUAGCCUGUCUUCUUCGGUUAUGUAAAAUGUAAUUCCAAUGUAUAUGGCAGUCACUUUUGCACCAUUAUUUGUGUUCUUGCUGAAGUGUGUAGUAUAUUGAGAAAGGUGCAGGCUGGAGGACACAUGUUGCCUGCAAAAUUUGAGUAUUUGAAAUAUGUUUGUUUUAAGUACACUGAAAAAUUGAAUUAAAACUUGUGGGAUUAACCAUU